ACAGAUGCCGAUGACCUUGGCUGGUGACUCAAAGCUGGGCUCUGUAGACACUGGCUAGCUGCUUGCAUCAGGCCCACUGGGUCACCUCCAAAUCAGAUCUCCAAGGGGGACCCUGGGGGUCUGCGUCGGCACCCAGUACUCCAGGGGAUAGUGGUAUGGGGGCGGGGGGCGUGGGAACAGCCAGGCUGGGCCCCAGGCCAGGAAGCUUCCACUGGCAGCAUCUCCAGGUGCCCAGCUGGCCUGGCCUGCCAGCCCCUCCCUCGGGCCUCACAGCUGCCCUCUCUCCCCGCAGGCUGGAGCAGCCCUACUUCAGCGCCAAUGCCCAGUUCUUCCAGGCGCUGAGCCAGUGCCCCUCGCUGCAGCGCCUGUGCCUGGUCUCCCGCAGCGGCACCCUCCAGCCUGAUGCCGUGCUGGCCUUCAUGGCUCGCUGCCUACACGUCGUCAUGUGCCACCUGUUCACCGGGGAGUCCCUCGCCACCUGCAAGAGCCUGCAGCAGUCGCUUCUCAGCAGGCACAAGCUGAGCCUGGCGCUGAGCUCGCAGGUGGCCCCAGAGGGCGCUGGUUACACACAGGUGCCUGGGAGAGCCCUUGAUCACCUAUGCUUGCUGCGUGGUGUUUGAGAGCAGCCCCAGGACUUGCUGGGCAGAAGCCGUACCCAUCCCUCUGUGCCAGUCCCUCUGUGACCCCGCUCCCCGUCCCUGCGUCCCGCACCUGGCGCAGCGCCCGGGCCUGUGGUGGGACCCACGUUGCACUUGCUGCCAACAGAGUGGGAUGAAGGUGUUGAGGCUUCCGUGUUCGCAGUACAUCUCCCGUGUGUGCCCCUCCAGGGUGCCUGCCUGGGCCCCCUGGUGCCUGUGUCCUGAGCAUUCUGUCUGCUCUAGGCACUGCGUCUUGCCUCUUGCUCAAGCCUCACCUGUGAGGUCAGUGCUAUCAGCCCCGGUUUACAGAUGGGGAAACAGCCUCCAUCUGAGCAAUGAGGCAGGGAGUGAGUGCUGGAGGGAUGGGAGUUCACGCCUAGAAGAGGAGACGGGCCAAGUCGGAAGCUGUGCAGGCUAUCCAAGGCUGAGGGGACCUCCGUGGGAACCUCCAGGCUCCAUGCUGGGCAGGCCCUGUCAGGAUCUUCUGCAGAUGACAGGGUCACAGCAUUGCAGGGACCUCUGUGCUCACAUAGGCUGGAUUCCCCCAGGACUGCUGAAAGCCUUUCUCUCCCCACCCUGCUGGCAGUCAGAUACCACCCCAAAGCCAGGUGGAAGAGGCCGCGUCCAUAGACGCCUGUGCCACAGCUUCCUCGUGGCCUCGGUGCCUGUGCCUGGCUCCACGCUGGCCCCAAUCACAGCAGUGUGGCCCAAGCCGCAGGUCCCAGCUGACCUGCAGACAGGGUCUGACCGGCCUUCCCCAGGCUUUCCAGCCCUAUGGACCUAGCAGUCAGUGUCAGCCCUGCUGCUCUGGCCUUUGCAGCUGCGCCCAGGGCCCAGCAGGUGGCGCUGGGGUUCCCGGGAACCGGCCGCAGGCCCCGCCCCCUACUCUGCACCCAGGGCGCGGGAGGAGGAGGAGCAGUGAUUUCUUGUCGCUUUUCCUGACGCUUUUCUCUUUCUAAUCUUUUUUCCUGCCUGGAGGAUUAUGGAGCCAGAGGGAGGACCUGGCCCUGGGCUGUUGUGCAGCUCACCUGCCCCGUCCACUGGGUGGCCUGGGGUCUCAACCGUCUCUCUGUGUCUCAGCCUGCAGGGCCGGCCAGUGGGCCAGUGGCAUGGCUGCCGACAGACCUGU